AUGAACUUUACGACGGAUCCAAAUGUCAUUGUAAUUUGGUCUUAUCCUUACGCUUACUGCACGGGGGGGACUUGUCCACCGGAUUACGAGUGCAAGUAUUUCUACAAGUCCUACUACACACCAGAUCCCGUUACCAACGCGACUUUCCAUCUGAGAGCUGACGAUAAUGGUACACUGUUUGUGAACAACCUUCUCAAAGCUCCUAGUUUUGGGGCGCUGACCUUCAUUUCUGUCGAUCUGCUGGCGGGCCAAAACAUCCUGGCCUUAGAAGCCUGCAACAAUGGGGGCCCAAGCUGGGUAUCAGGGACACUGUUCGCUCCGAACAAUACUGUGCUGCUGCAGGUCAGGUGGAUCUCGUCACUGCCCACAGCCUUCGUGCCGUUCGGUCAACGGGUCAUUGCGUCCGCCUGGCAGUCAACCACCUUCUACCGGACCUUCUGGCUGUCAGCGGAGCAGCUACAGCAGCAGCAGGCUGCCCUUGGAGGUGUUGUGACAACGCCCGUCCUCAACCUCACCAUCAUUGCGGACGACCUUGCGACUGCCUUUGUGAACGGUCAAGAAGUCGGCCGUACAGCCGUGUUUCCAGAACGUUCUGUCCUGCAGGUCUCGAAUCUGCGGCCUGGCCCCAACCUGGUUGUGUUGCACUGCAACAGCACGGGGGGCCCGGCUGUGGUGGCGGCCUCCCUGGCCUUUGGGGGGCCUGACGGCUCCGUGCUACUGCAGACGGAUCACACUUGGAACUGGCUGUAG